UUUUAUUCCGAUACGGACGCAAGUUCUUUUGACCUAAACACCGUCUAUCCUCUUGUCUACUCUUUGAAUCGCUAAUUUUCAGCAUCCGACGCUCCUUAUUCUACAGUCAGCCCCAUUAAGCCCGUUUAGAGCAUAUAUCCUUUCAAUCUUUCAUUCUUUAAUAAGCCCCGAUUAACAAUGUCGCCUCCAAUUGCUGCUGGUCGUGAAAAGGAGUCCAACCUUGCGAGGUUGCUCGGUUCUGGUUCUGCAGGAAUUUCAGAGUUGAUGCUUUUUCAUCCCGUUGACACCAUCGCCAAGCGCUUGAUGAGCAACGAGACUAGGGUCCAAAACGUCACUCAGCUCAACUCCGUCAUAUUCAAGGAGAAGGCAACAGCGCCCGUCUCCAAGAAAUUCUUCUCCUUGUUCCCUGGUCUUGGAUACGCAGCUGGAUACAAGGUUCUUCAGAGGAUAUACAAGUAUGGUGGACAGCCGAUCGCCCGCGACGCCCUGACGACCAGCUUCGGAAAGGACUUUGAGAAUGCGUUUGGCAAGAAGACUGGCAAGGCUAUACUCCACUCGACGGCUGGCAGUCUCAUCGGCAUCGGAGAGAUCGUUCUGCUUCCCCUCGACGUGCUGAAGAUCAAGAGGCAGACAAACCCCGAGGCUUUCCGCGGCCGAGGCGUGCUUGCCAUCGUCAAAGACGAGGGCUUCGGGCUUUACAGGGGCUGGGGCUGGACUGCUGCCAGGAACGCACCUGGUUCAUUCGCGCUCUUCGGUGGAUCUGCAUUCGCAAAGGAGUUCCUCUUCAAGCUGGAGGACUACAACAAGGCGACGUGGUUCCAAAACUUCGUUGCGUCCAUCGCUGGAUCAUCGGCCUCGCUGGUGGUGUCGGCGCCGCUUGAUGUCAUCAAGACGAGAAUCCAGAACAGGAACUUUGAGAACCCCGAGAGCGGUUUCCGCAUUCUGUCCAACAUGGCUAAGAAUGAGGGCUUCUCCAGCUUCUUCAAGGGCCUUGUCCCCAAGCUCCUCAUGACCGGCCCCAAGUUGACAUUCUCAUUCUGGCUGGCACAAACCCUUAUUCCCGCCUUCGAUAACAUUCUUGCCCGCAGCUAAGCGGCAUUUUCCAGUAAGAUCUGAGAAUGAAAUUAGAAGGAUUGUGGUGACUUGUAACAACAUUCGGCGAAAGCCAUUAAAAUUUGCGGGGUGUUAAAGGGUAGAAGGCGUUCCAUUUAAUAUACCACGGAUUCAUUUUUUGGACAACGCUAUAUAUAACUCUCAAGGUUCGUUUA